AUGGCGCCCCAACUCGACGGUUACUUCAAGCAGGUCGACGACCUCUCGUCGCACUUCAUCGACCGCCUCGCCAAGGCCGUUGCCAUCCCCUCCAUCUCGUCCGACGCCGCCCGCCGUCCCGAUGUCGUCCGCAUGGCCGAGUUCCUCGCUGCCGAGCUCAAGGCCGUCGGCGCCAGCGUCGAGCUGCGUCCCUUGGGCAAACAGCCUGAUAACCCCGAGCUCGACCUCCCGCCCGUCAUCCUCGCACGAUAUGGCAGCGACAAGAACAAGCGCACCAUCCUCGUCUAUGGACACUACGAUGUGCAGCCGGCCGACAAGUCCGACGGCUGGAACACGGAGCCCUUCACCCUUACAGUGGGUGACGAUGGCAAGAUGUUCGGGCGGGGCAGCACCGACGAUAAGGGCCCCGUCUUGGGAUGGUUGAACGCCAUCGAGGCACACCAGAAGGCCGGCGUGGACUUCCCCGUCAACCUACUCAUGUGCUUCGAGGGCAUGGAGGAGUACGGUUCCGAGGGACUGGACGAGCUGAUCGAGAAGGAGGGCAAGGGAUACUUUGCCGAUGCUGAGGCCGUUUGCAUUUCGGAUAACUACUGGCUUGGCACAGAGAAGCCGUGUCUGACGUACGGUCUGCGCGGGUGCAACUACUACAGUGUUGAGAUCUCAGGUCCCGGCGCUGACUUGCACUCUGGUGUGUUUGGUGGCACCGCCCAGGAACCCAUGACGGACCUGGUGCGUGUGCUGGGUAGCUUGGUAGACACUCACGGCAAGAUCCAGAUCCCGGGCAUUAUGGAGCAGGUGGCCCCUGUGACGGCCGAGGAGGAGAGUCUGUAUGAGGGCAUUGCGUUCACCAUGGACAACCUCCACGAGUCGCUGGGCUCCAAGACGACUAUCUUUGAGGACAAGAAGCCCACUUUGAUGGCACGGUGGCGAUACCCGUCGUUGUCAAUCCACGGUGUCGAGGGUGCCUUCUCGGCGCCGGGAGCUAAGACGGUUAUUCCCGCAAAGGUGAUCGGCAAGUUCUCCAUCCGAACUGUGCCAGAUAUGGAAAUCGAGCAGACCAAUGAGUGCGUAUACAAGUUUGUCAAGGAGGUGUUUGCCAAGUUGGGAAGCAAGAACACAUUGAAGGUGUACGCACAGCACACGGGCAAGUGGUGGGUUGCUAGCCCGAACCACUGGAACUUCCGGGCAGCUGGGAAGGCUGUUGAGAGAGUAUGGGGAACGAAGCCUGACUUCACAAGAGAGGGCGGCAGCAUCCCGGUCACACUCACCUUUGAGCAGGCAACUGGCAAAAAUGUCUUAUUGCUUCCCAUGGGUAGUUCUACGGACGGCGCGCAUUCUAUUAACGAGAAGUUGGAUAAGCGCAACUACAUUGAGGGUAUCAAGCUUCUGGGCGCGUACUUGCACUACGUUGCCGAGGAAGUCCAAGAGUAG